AGCGCGGAUAUAAUACAUCGUGAAUGGCAAAACAAUAGCAACAAUGCAAGCGUACACCGGGCAAACCAAGCUUCGGCCUGGGCGCGGGACAGGGAGUGCCGCUCCCACCGAGCCCAGGACUCGCACCUGUGUAGUUACAAGAGUGCUAGCGCCACCUGAAGCGCCAGGAAGGAGGCCCCGUAGCGCCUCGUCUCUGACGCAAGAUGGGCAAGCGUCGCCCGCACCUUCAACGCCAACGACAGCAGCUUCUGUGUGGUCGAGCACCACUAGCUAUAUGAGCCAGCUAUUGUCGCACUUUGUGAGGGUUCCGACGUUUGCGUCGCCAGACCAGGUCCUGCGUGAGGCGAGGGACAAGGAGCGCGAGCUGCAGAACGCGAGGGCGCCCACGGAUGUCAGCGGAUUUCUUGCGCCCGUUGGCGUUUGGGAGCUGAAGCACCUGCGCAAGCUGUCGUCCCUUACCAGCCUUACCUACUACAUGCACCUGGUGACGCCCCGGCGGCUGCAGCUGAUGCACGGGCUGGACCUGGUGGUGACCAGCCGCGCCUGCGACGUGCGGCCGUACGAGCACAACCGCACCGCCGAGGAGUGCGGUGCCGACGGCGACGGCAUGGCCGUCUCGUUCGCCGAGGCGCGCCAGGUGUAUGCCGAGCUGAAGCGCGGCACGGGCGGCGCCAGCGGCAGCGGUAGCAACGGGGCGGCGGCGGCGCCGGUGGCGGUGGCGGCGGGCGUGUCCAACAUCGUGGCGCUGCCGCGCGAGCUGCCGUUCGUGCCGCUUCCCGGCGGCGCGACGGAGGGUGGCGAGGCGGGAGCGGAGGCCGCCGCCGGGGCGGCGGCAGCAGCCGCAGCCGCAGCUGGGGAAGGCACCGGGCCGGGGGCCCAGGGGCAGGGGGCAGGGGGCCUACAGCUGCCGUUGGCCUCGACCGAGGCCAUCGGCCGCAUGCUGCGCAGCCCGGCGGAGGUGGUGUCGGCAAAGCUUGCUGAGGCGGCCCUGGCGGCCUCGGCCGCCGCCGCCGCCAGCCCGCUCGGCGCCGCCGCCGAGAGCUUUUACGCUGGGCUGGCCUCGCUGCCCAUCCCGCUGGCCGGCGGCCUGGUGGGCGCCAACAACAAGGCCGCCAACACACUGCUGGCGCCGCCGAACGGGGCGGCGGCCAGCAGCAGUGGCGGCGGUGGUGGUAGCGGUGGCGCGGCGGCAGCGUCUGAGGUUGUGGGCUCGUCGCGGGGCGCCCAGGGAGCGGACCCUGCGGACCCCGGCGCACCCAACACCAGCGGCAAGGCCACUGCCGCCUCCAUCGCGGCCAUGGCAACUGCCGAGCUGCGCUCCCGCCGCCUGGGCGGCACCGGUCCUGCCAAGACGGGGGGCAGCGGCGCCGCCAGCAGCGGCAGCAGCAGCGGCGGUAUUGGUGCGGGUGGCAUGGCGCCAGUAACGGCUGGCGGCAUGCGUUUGUCACCCGCCGCCACCGCCUUCUCCGCCCCUCCCGCUGCCACCGUCUCCUCCCUGGCCUCCACGGACGCCGGGACUGCGCUGGUGCCGGUGGCUUCAUCCUCGGCGGCUUCCCUCACCUUCUCCUCCAGCUCUGCCUACUCCUGCCCCUCAGAAUGGUUUGUGGUGGACGACCCUGCCUCGGCCACACGCAUCUUCGUCAUCCAGGGCUCGGACACGCUGGACCACUGGAAGCUGAACCUGACGUUCGACCCGGUGGUGUUUGAGGAGCCGGCCCUGGGCGUCAAGGUGCACCGCGGCGUGUACGAGGCGGCGCUGGUGCUGUACGAGCGCUUCCUGCCGCUGGUGUACGAACACCUGGAGGCGUCGCCCUUCUCCAAGGUCACCUUCACGGGCCAUUCCAUCGGUGGCUCCAUGGCCACGCUGCUGAUGCUCAUGUACCGCAACCGGGGCGUGCUGCCGCCGCACUCCAUCGCCACCGUCUACACCUUUGGCGCGCCCGCCGUGUUCUGCCAGCAGCAGCAACCGGCCGUAGCCGACGCCUCUUCGGCCUGCUGCAACGGCAGUAGCAGCAACGGCAGUAGCACGCCCGCCAGCGGCAGCUCCAGCCCGAGGAGCGGCAGCCCCGGCUCAGCCUCGGCCUCGUCGCUGCCGGCCGGCAGUGGCAGCGGUGCCGGCGGCAUGUCGCUGUGGGCGCUGGGCCUGAGCGGCUUUGGCAUGGGCGGCGCCAGUCUGGCCGGCGGCGGCAGCACCAGCGCCCCUAGCAGUACCGCCGGCCUGGCGAGUGUGGACGGCGGCGCCGUGGCGGCUGGCGGCGGCGGCAGCGGCUUCAACUCAUCAGGGCUGGGCUUCAUGAGCGUCGAGGACCCCCAGGCGGUCUCGAUGCCGCCGGGCGCCGCCCAGGCGCCCUCGCCCGCGUCCGCGCCGGCGCCCACCGCCGGCCCCGGCCACAACAGCCACAGCAGCCACAGCAAGGCCGGCCCCGCCGCCGCCAAGAGCUGCGCCUGCGGUGUUGACGGGCUGCUGACGCGGCUGGGGCUGGCGCCGCACGUGGUGCGCAACGUGGUGAUGGCGCGGGACGUGGUGCCGCGCGCCUUCGCGUGCGACUACAGCCUGGUGGCGGACAUCCUCAAGGGCUGGGGGCCGGCCUUCCGGGAGCACUGCUGCCUCAACAGGCACGGCCGCAAGCACCUGUACUACUUCGUGGGGCGCAUGUGCAUCCUGCAGCCGGACGCCUGGCACAGCUUCGUGGGCGGCGACCCGGAGCACCCCAUGCUGCCGCCCGGCCCCGAGCUGUACGCGCUGGCGGAGCCCGAGGACGCCGCCGCUGCCCGCGCCCACUACCCCGCCCUGUCCGACCUGCCCAUCCUCAACGCCGUCACCAGCAAUGGCCACACCCGCGGCAGCGGCGGCAACGGCGCCAACGCCGCCGUCAACGCCGCCGUCAACGCCUCCGGCCCCAGCGCCGCCGCCUCCGGCGGCGGCGGCGGCUCGCAGCAGCCGACCGCGGCGGCUGCUGUGCCGUCCACCGCCAACUUCGGCACGGCGCUGGUGGCGUCGGCGGCGCAGCGGGAGCGCGACGCGCGCGGCGGCGGCUCUCGUCUGCAGCCGCGCAGUGUGGUGGAGGCGGUGUGGGAGAUCAUGGACAACCCGCACCCUCUGGAGACACUGGCGGACCCGGGCGCCUACCUGGCCUCCGGCAGCAUCUCCCGCUACCACAACCCGGAGCACUACACCAAGGCGCUGGGCCGCCUGACGCACCUGAAGCGGCUGGCGGAGCGGCGGCAGCACCCGCACGGCCAGGCGCAGCAGAAGCAGGCGCAGCCGCAGGCCGGCGAGGGCGGCAUCCGCAGCAUGUUCGCGGGGCGCAACAUCCGCAGCUUUGGCGGCGGUGUGCGCAGCGGCAGCGGCAGUGGCAGCGCCGGCCGGCGGGGGCUGCUGCACCAGCAGGCGGCCUCCAACGGCACCGCGGCUGACGCGGUGCUGGCCAGUGGCGCCGCCGGCGCGGCCGCCGCGGCCUGGGGCAGCGCGCCGCAGCUGGCGGACCUGGUGAGCGGCAACGGCGGCCGCGCGAGUGCGGGCUACGAGGGCGGCGUGUGGGACAGCAGUGACGGGCUGGACCUGCACCUCAGCGACUUCAUGGGCGCCUCCGCGGUGGGCGCCGCCGACCCACACGCCUGCCGGUGAGGCGGCGGCGACAGCGGCUGGGUGUGGGCUGGAUGCAGGUGACAGGCAAGGCGCAGUCAGAGGAGGCAGAAGCGGCAGAGGCGGCAGAGGCGACGGAAGCGGCAAGUUGCAGCGUGCAGGAGCUGGAGUAGAGCCGCUGUGCAGUGCGAUCAGAUGCAGCAGAGACGUGGAGCUUCAGCGCUUAGCGGGUGCGGCAUGAGCGCCUGAGCGCCUGAGCACGGGGUGGACGCCGAGGAGGUCCGGAAGGGCGUUGCACGGGGUGAACGUGGCCAGGGGUCAGCCUUAUUACGGUGCGUAAUGGUUGGGGUCUGCGACUCGGUUUGCAACUGCGUAUGCAUAUACCAAUGGUGGUGGCGCGUCGCGAGCCGCUCUGCGGGCUGCCGCAAUAUGUGCGGCGGCCGCAACACGGGCACAUCAGCGCAUUAUACUAUUCCCUUACUGAAGGGCAGCGGAGUGAGCUGUGGACGGCAUGGGUAUAGGUGUCGGCGCCGCCGGGGCCUCUGACCCGCCACGCCUGCGCCGGGCCAGGGGCUGCACAGACAGGCUAAGGAUCGAUCUAGCAGACCGUCAAGGUCAUUGCCUUGUUGAUUGGUAUGCUCUGUACUACUAUGUAUUCCGGCUUUCGAGUGCCGGGCAGUGACUGCGGCCAAGCAGAACUGCCCGUGACCUCCUCCGGGUUAGGCAGCCAGGGGCCUGCGCCUCUGCGCGUGGGGAGCAGUGCCGGGCAGCCCGGGCACAAAUGAGAGCGAGUGUGCCUCUUCUAUUAGCCAUGUGCCAAAUGUUCUUAACUGUUAUCCAAAAGUGCUGUGUGCGAUUUCAUGUCUGCUGGUUUGUGCGUACAUAGGGACCCACAGAUCCCCUUCCUCCCAUGCGCCGCAUGCUGCCGCUGCCACAAUUUGUGCCGGCGCUGCGUGUGUGGGGGGAACCGGGGUUGCGUGACGUGCGUGUGAAGAGUGUGCAUGUGUCCCGCGGUGUCGCGGCAUUUGCUGUAGUUGUGCUGUUGGGUGCUAGGAGCGGGGCGAGAGUGAAGAGAACCCUUCAUGUCAGGGCCCAGCGAUCGUCUUGCUGGGGCACCUUGCGUGUGCUGUGCUUUGCUAUUCUAUUCCUCUUGAGAGUAGCUGCGCUGCUCAGAGGCAUGCAGUGUGUAGAGUUGACGAUCUGUUGCAGUGUUGCAUAGAGCCACGCUGGAGCUGCAGUUAGUCCAGAGGUGUCACGGUGCUUGCGGCGACGCGUCUGCCGCGGUACUCCUACGGCUCCGUGUUGCACCGCGGCAGCCCAAGCGCCUCGGCAGCUGCAGCAUAAGGCGUUUGAGCGGGUAGGUCCAUGUGUCUCUGUCCUAUUCAUCGCGGUAGCUGAUCCAGUAGCUGGUAGGCGGUGCGCUUCGGUGUAGGUUGAACUAGCAGAUUUCCCGGGCAAUGCGUGUGGCAGCCCAAGCUGAACAGGGCAGGUGGUGGCUGGGACGAUGCUCCCGCGCAGGAACGAUGCUCCCGCGCACCUCACACUCAUGCUCAAGGUUGACGCCCCGAUUGGGGAUUUUUGUGCAGGUGUUAAAGCUAUGCCCCGUACUUGGGGUGUGUUCGCCGUGUGGCGUGAAGGCGUGAAGUUACUCCUUGAAUUUGAGACAUAGACAGGUGGUGCAGCGCGUGAAGCGCGUGUCAAGGCUGCGCGCAGCCCAUGUAAGGUCCGAGAUGC